AGGGCUCAAGCUCCUUAUGGCCGGCGCGGGUCGUCACCGGGGAGUGGUGAAGUUCUUCCGCGGCAGCUAUGGCUGGCUGACCUGCGGCGAGGUGGCGGAGAAAACGGGGGGCCGCGACAUCUUCCUGCACAAGAACCAGCUGAACUCUGUCCCAGGUCCGGGCACGACCGUUGAGUUCAGCCUGACGAUCGACGAAAAGGGGCAGCCGAAGGCCGUGGAUGCCGUGGUCAUUGGCGCCAAGCCGACUUCUCCAGCGCCUGCAGGAGAUGUGAAGAAGGCGUCAGAGAUGCAGGUGAAGCGGGCUGCGCUGAUGCUGUUCCGUGGUGAGGAGGUUCUUGUCAUCAAAGAGAAGAAGGAAGGUGAGCUUCUGUGGAGCGACCUUGGAGGAAAGAUCGAGGCCGGGGAGAGCCACUUGGACUGCGCAGUGCGGGAGCUCGCCGAGGAGGCCGAGGGCUUCUUGUCCGCGGAGUCCGUGGCUUUGUUGCAGCAGGGCCUCCGGCGGCAAUACGGCGAUGGCCAGCAGAGCCCGCAGCUGGUGGCCUUGAGAGGCACAGGCAGCAAGCCGCAAGCGGUGGCCGUCUUUCCCUUGGACUGCAGCGGGGUUGAGAUGGAUGAACUGCUCGCACCUCCCGGGGAGAAGGGCGAUGUGCACGAAAUGUGCUGGCUCAACCGGCACCACCCGGACCUGCGGGAUCGAGCGCGGACUCGCUGGCCCUUGCUGCGCGCGAUCUGUGCACUACGGGAGGCCUCCGCAGGUCGAGAGAGGUCGCGAUCGCGAUCGCCGCGGGCAUCUGCAAAGCCAUGACUCCUUUGCUGGGAGUCAUGGCUUGGGUGCAGCCAGAUGCGCAUGCGAAGAACAGGCUUACGCAUGGGGGAAAGCGCCUGAUGCAGUUGCGGCAGAUUCGAUUGGCAUGUGCAGGUGACUUUUGCUGUGUUGAAAAAGGC